UAACUAAAGUAACUUUCUCGCCUUCAUUUUACUACCGGAAAACACACUAUGCGGAUUAUUUACAAAAAUAAAGGGGGGGGGGGGAGCAGCAAACUAAAUUCGAACAGCAAGGGUGGUGUUGUUUCACAAACGUAAGCAAUUGCGGUCAAACAUGCUUUGAAUAGUUUGACAAUCUCGAGUCAAGCCCAAAUUGAAAGUGACCGGACCAAAAUGACUCGAAUACUGGCGGUUGCUUUUCGGGCCACUUGAUUGAUGCGGCGGCCAUUUUACCCGCUGGACGUUACCUCUCAUUGUGGAUACGAAGAAGAAAAUAGACAAGCGAAAGCUUUCUCCUCACUUCUGUUCACUUUUCUUCGAGGGGAUCUUAAGCAGCAAUGGCCCGUACUAAGCAGACUGCCCGUAAGUCCACUGGAGGCAAAGCUCCACGUAAACAGCUGGCUACUAAGGCUGCCCGCAAGAGCGCCCCAUCCACUGGAGGGGUGAAGAAGCCCCAUCGCUACAGGCCUGGUACUGUUGCACUACGUGAAAUCCGUCGUUACCAGAAGUCCACCGAGCUUCUGAUCCGCAAGUUGCCCUUCCAGCGCUUGGUGAGAGAAAUCGCCCAGGACUUUAAGACGGAUCUGCGUUUCCAGAGUGCAGCCAUUGGCGCGCUGCAGGAAGCCAGCGAGGCCUAUCUGGUGGGUCUGUUUGAGGACACCAACCUCUGUGCCAUCCACGCCAAACGCGUCACCAUCAUGCCCAAAGACAUCCAGCUGGCACGUCGCAUCCGCGGGGAGCGCGCAUAAAAGCUUUGACUUUGUCUUUCUACUUUUUAUCUGUCUUAGUCCAUCCCUCACCUGUUCCUCUCCCCUGGCUCCCUCUCUGCUGUGUUCGUAGUAUGUAGGGCAAACUGUUCCUAUUAUUCAUCAAGUGUGUAGUCGUAUUUUUCUUAGUGAUCUCAUUCAGAAAGCUUCUGUGAUACCCCCUUUCUGUGCAUAUAUCAACGCUUUGAUGAUGAGGCUGCCUCAUGGACACUCACAGGCUCCACACUCUCAGGUGGAGCGGAUACCAUGAUUUUGAGGAAAAACACUAAAACAUAGUAGUGUUAAUUUAAGCAGGGACAGAGAGAAGAUGUGGUGUUUUUCUGCCGUGGGAAUGAGCUUCCUGUGACUUCUUCCCAGCAGUGUGCUGGAUUCUCCGCCCUUGCGUACGUCUGCAUGAGUGUUAGCUCUGAUCACCGUAGAGAACUCUUAUUUAAUACAUCAACAUCUGUGGAGACAAUGUUUAGAAUACUGAUUGUUAUAGAUAUUCUUAAUAGUCCUUUUUUUGCCCCAAAUAACACUGUGGAUAUUUGUUUUACUGUAAUGCAAGGCAUGGAGGUGGGGAGAACAAUCCUAUUUUGACACAGAACAAACAAACUUAAACAGAUCUCAAAUAGACAAAACAUUGACCUCUCUGUGGAUGCUAUUUUCCUAUAAGAAAUGGACCUCAAUAUUUCUUUUGCGUUCCUUGAAGUGUUUUCGCCAAAGUUGAGAGAGUCAUUUAUGCUUUUACAGUAUUAUUGUAUUCUUGGCUUUCUUUUCCAGGAACCUUCUGUAAGAGGUUUAUACAGUUCUAAAAUGCAAAACUUUUUUUUUUUAUAAACAAUAUUAGAUGUAUGUUUCUUCAAACAAUAUUGUUCCCCUCGCUAUCAUUGCCCACUCUUAUUCCAUUUGUUUUUGUCUCAAGGUCAUUUGAUCAUCUGUCUACUGUUUCGAAGGUCAAAUUGACACCCUACAACUUUUUAUCUUUUGCCCAGUUUCUAUUAUUGAAACAUUGUUGAUGUUUUAAUAAAGCAAUGUUUGUAAUUUCAAGGUUUGUCAUAUAAACUGGUAAUAAAUGGAUGUUACACAC